UUAAGUUUUGACCCAACAGUAACAUCUACAGUUUGGUAAUAUUUCUUAGCCAUCACUGGUUCAACGGGGCCAAAGGAAUAAGUAAGGGCAAUUAUUCUCCUUUUGUCUCUAAUGAGGCUCUUAGGGAGUCUGGUCCCAGUGGCCAAAGAGGCUCCUGUAAAUGCCGGUUCUGUGGCUGCCCUGAAGAGAAGAGUAAGAUGAGGUCUGCCACUGGUUCAGGACCUCCUUAUGAUUCCAAAUACCACAAUCCGUGCAGAUAAGAGCACUAACUAGGACAAUGGACAGCGGCAGCAUUGGCCUACAGAGAGCAUGAAGAGCACAAACCACUCCACCAUCUCGGAGUUCAUCCUCCUGGGACUCUCCAGGCAGCCCCAGCAGCAGAAGCUCCUCUUCCUCCUCUUCCUCACCAUGUACCUGGCCACCGUCCUGGGAAACCUGCUCAUCAUCCUGGCCAUCGGCACAGAUGCGCGCCUGCACACCCCCAUGUACUUCUUCCUCAGCCACCUGUCCUUCGUGGACGUCUGCUUCUCCUCCACCACCGUCCCCAAGGUGCUGGCCAACCACAUCCUCGGGACUCACACCAUCUCCUACCCUGCGUGCCUCACACAGAUGUAUUUCCUUUUUGAGCUUACAGAUAUGGACAACUUCCUGCUGGCCGUGAUGGCGUAUGACCGCUUUGUGGCCAUCUGCCACCCCUUACAUUACACAACGAAGAUGACUCCUCAGCUCUGCGUUCUGCUGCUCACGGGGUCUUGGGUCAUUGCCAGCCUCAACGCACUGUUACACACCCUGCUGAUGGCACGGCUGUCCUUCUGUGCAGACCAUGCCAUCCCACACUUCUUCUGUGACGUGACGCCCCUCCUGAAACUCUCCUGCUCAGACACACACCUCAAUGAGCUGAUGAUUCUCACAGAGGGCGCCCUGGUCAUGAUCACCCCCUUCGUGUGCAUCCUGGCCUCCUAUGUGCUCAUCACCAGCGCCAUCCUGAGAGUCCCAUCCCCCAGGGGCAGGUGGAAAGCCUUCUCCACCUGUGGCUCCCACCUAGCUGUGGUCUGUCUCUUCUAUGGCACCAUCAUUGCUGUGUAUUUCAACCCUUCAUCCUCACACUCUGUGGAGAGAGACACUGCGGCCACAGUGCUGUACACGGUGGUGACCCCCAUGCUGAACCCCUUCAUCUACAGCCUGAGGAACAGGGAUUUGAAAGCGGCUCUGAGGAGAGUUAUCCACAGGCAGAUGUCUUCUUACUGAGGGCUGUGCCACAGAUCUAUGAAUCCUAGACCAAGUAAUCUUUGCUAUGUCUCUGACAUACAAUGGCAAUUUUGUGCAAGUGUUUAAUGAACUAGAAUAAAUACACCUGUUAGAUACAAGUCCACUUAUUUACAGUCUUGUUCCUCUAAAUUCUUUGAUGAAAGCUGGAUUCCAACACUCACAAUGGGAGGCUAGAGGGCCAGGAGUUGGAAACCAAUCUGGGAUACUGAGCCAGUUCCAGGCCAGUCUGAGUUCUACACUGACAGGCUCUCAGAGAAAAAUAAA